UAACAUCGGUACUUGUUGGCCAACACAAACCCGCAGAUAAAAACAUUCGAAUCAAGUGUCACAUUGACCAGGAAGGUGUCAUGGCUUCUUUAACCUUAAAUUCGCUCAAACAAAUAAUGAAAUCAAUAACAGACACCCCAGGUUUCGACAGAGUCAUAAGUAAGGUUAACGUUUUGUCGGCGAGCCCUGGUAAAGUAGUGUGUGAGAUGAAGGUAGAGGAGGAGCAUACUAACCGUGGAGGCACUCUUCAUGGAGGACUGACAGCGACGUUAGUGGAUAUCAUCUCUACCACAGCCAUCAUGUACAGUGAACGCGGGUCACCAGGAGUCAGUGUUGACAUGAAUAUAACGUACAUGAAUGCUGCCAAGAUUGGAGAGGAUGUGCUGAUCACUGCUCAAGUUCUGAAACAAGGGAAGACCUUGGCAUUUGCCAGUGUGGACCUUAUCAACAAGUCUACUGGCAAAGUCAUUGCGCAGGGAAGACAUACAAAGCACCUUGGGAACAGUUAAAAUGUAUUCCUGUUAAUCCACCGUAUUACUCAAAUAUAAUGCCUCAACAAUAUGUUGGUGACUUUCAGAGUUAACCUUUGUCCUUAAUUGGGCUCUGUAAAUCGUUGAUUUUCUUUGGGCAAAUGGUUUUCAGUUAUGAAUGUAUUGUAAUGCAAUUAUGUCGUGCUGAAAUUGUUCCUGUUUCCCUUGACUUUCACUAAUUUUCUACAAUUAACACUGGACCACUUUACAAAUGUGUGUACAUGCAAUAAAAACAGACCAUAAUUAUUCAGAA